AGUUCCUGUUGAUAUCUAUUUAAAGACCUGACCGCAGCUGAAACCUCAUUGCCAUCGUUAGACGCACUGGUCUGGAAAUCAAAAACCUGUGUUGUGUUUAUCUGAGCUUUGCAGGGACAUGGGUGGGAGGAAUAUCGGAGUUGCUGUGGACUUCUCAUCGUGCAGCAAAGCGGCUCUGCGAUGGGCGUCAACCAACCUUGCCAGGAGCGGUGAUCAACUCGUGCUGAUCCAUGUCAACAACUCCUACCAGAAUGAGCAAGGAGCGAUGCAUCUCUGGGAACAGAGUGGUUCACCGCUCAUCCCUCUGGUAGAGUUCUCGGACCCCCAUGUUACCAAGAAGUACGGCCUGUCACCGGACAAGGAGACGCUGGAGAUCCUGGCCCAAGUGGCACAUCAGAGCGGGGUUGAGGUCUUUGGGAAGAUACUCUACGGCGACCCGACCAAGAAGGUGUGUGAGGCAGUCGACCUGGUUCCCCUCAGCUGCCUGGUCAUCGGAAGCAGAGGCCUGAGCACGCUCAAGAGGGCUCUGAUGGGGAGCGUGAGCACCUACGUCGUGAACCACGCGGCCUGCCCGGUCACGGUCGUGAAGGAGAACAUGUAGUCGCAGCUUGCUACCGAUGAUGAUGCAUAUGCCGUCUGCAGUCUUGAAAGGAGAUACAUACAAGAAGAUAAUACCGUCUGCAAGAACAAUAGUAGCAACGUGUAACCAGUAAUAAUAAUAGUAUGACAAAUAAAGUCUGCUCGGCGUGCACUCCUCUUCUGUAUCUUGAAAAGACACAUGCUUCAUCUAAGCAUUUGUACUCUCACAGAUACUAUAUUUCAUAGCAACACCAUGAAAUUGGACUCCGAAAUUUACUUGGAA